ACCUUAUUCCCUUAAGUCAAAAUUAUUUCAUCUAAAUUUUGUACGACUAUGUAGUUUCAUAUCCAUAAGUCAUAAAAAUAUCACCAACCCUUCGAAACUAACGAAAUGGCGGAUGUCGAGGAGGAGGAAGCCCCUCCAGAAGAUGGGCAAAUUGAAGGACAAGAAGGCGAGGAAGAUCUCGAAGUAGAGGGUGAAAGUGACGAGGAGGUGGGAGAAGAGGAGGCAGAGUCUGAGAACGAAGAGGAUCCUUUCGAGCUGCUCAACGAAAGCGAGCCAGAGGACGAAGAGCAGAAGGCGAUGUACAAGGAAUAUUUGGAGGUGAUCAAGGACAUCGAUGCCCAGAACCUGGUCAUAAGAGACCUGAAAGAGAUGGCUACUCGAUUAAUGAACAAGAAGUGCAAGACCUUCAAGGACAAGCAGGAAUACAAGCAACUGAGAGCCUGUCAGGAGCAGCAGGACAUCCAUCUAAAGACCCUGAUUAACAGAGCCAUACAACUACAGAAUUUCGGAUCCCGUAGGCGGUACCGAGGUCUUGAAAUGGAGGUCACAGAAGACGAGACUUCCUUCUUUACAGGGCUUCAGCCAUCUUUUUCAAGUGGUUGUCCCGCCUCUUCGGGUGAUGAAUCGUGCCAGGCGUGCUGCUUCUCAACUUCUGAAUCGGAUUCCGACUCCGAUGGCGGUUACUGCUGCCCCUAGUCCUGAUUUUGUUGGAUAAUAUAAAAGGGGUUUCGUUGUGGUACUGAAUAAAGUGGAUUUCUAAGGAA